GCUACAUAAUCAGCUUAGCACGCGACGAGUGUGUCAUUUAGUGCUGGACCUGGUCUUGAGCGGCCGGCAAUCUGAGUGAAAUGAUACAAGCGAACAAGAAUUGCAGCGACGGUGUUAGCAAUGAGUUUAGCAAACGGCUACCGAAAGCGAGAGCAAUGCUGAGUAACGAGCAGCUGUUGGAGCUCGAGAGUUUGUUCGAAGAGUCGACCUAUCCGACGCGUGCAAUGCGUGAGGCACUCGGGUCUCGACUAAAUAUCUCUCCCAGAAGGAUUCAGGUUUGGUUCCAAAAUCGGCGUGCGAAGAUUAGAAGAAACAACUACUACCGUGACAGAAGAAGAGAGUUGCAGCACAAGACGGGCUUGCUCGGUGGGCCGUUACCUCCAUCUGUAUUUCGCGCUCCUGGUUUAGUGCAUCGCGGCAAAUUAGCGACAAUCGCUAGCUGCAGCUCGGCCCAUAAAAUCGUGAUGCCAACUCCUCUACUAGCAACCUCACCGCUUCAACAUUCAACUACCACAACUCGGUGCUUUGCGACUAGGUUGGGCACUGCACCGAUGCAGCAACCGUUGUCUUCAAGAGAGUUGAACUGCGCUCGCGUUUUUCCGUCGUCUAGUCAAGUGUCGAUGCCAUCAUGGUCGAGCGCCAUGGUUUAUACGUAUCAAGCUUGGUCUCCAGUUAUCUCUUACAGCCAUUGGCCUAACUCGGUGGCGACGACAACGCUCUAGUUGGGAUUUCAGCAAGAAGAGGAACAACGUACGGUAUUCAAAGAUGCCUAAGCCAGCUUGUUAAAAACUGCUACAUUUAUUACGUUAGUGUUAGUACGUGUAUGGACGUCAUAACGCCUGUUUUACACAGACAGUUGUCGUGUACUUCUUUGUUGGGUACACAUAUUUUAUUUAGUUCGUUCCCUAACUAAGUUAUCUAUUGUAUCAAACAUAAAUUCAUAUAUUAUAAUAUAUAUCGUUUUAUGUAUUCUGA